AUGGAUGAUUUGCAAACAUCUGAAGAGACAACCUUUGUCCAAGACGAAGUAAAAAACAUAGUUAAAGAGAGCAUAGAAGGCAUCAUUGGUUCUAGUUCUUAUUCACAUAAUAAAGUACAACAGUGGACUUCUUCUGUGAUUGAACAAUGUCUCAGUCAGUUGACUAAACUUGGAAAACCUUUUAAGUACAUCGUCACAUGUGUAAUAAUGCAGAAAAGUGGAGCUGGACUACAUACUGCAAGCUCUUGUUAUUGGGAUAGUACUACUGACGGGAGUUGUACAGUAAAAUGGGAAAACAAGUCUAUGUAUUUUAUCGUUACAGUGUUUGGCUUAGCAAUAUAA